GUCAUACCAUUAGAACCCUAAAAUCAUCAUUCUUCUUCACUCACCCGGCUUCCGUAUAUAACUCGAUUUCUUCCGUGACUCGUAGUUUCCUGGGAAUCCGGAGGAACAGAGGGAGACCUGACGGUGCCUCGAGCUCUGCCGGCGACCUACUGAAGGUCACCAUUUUGACUUGCCAUCAUGGCUGAUGGUUUGCAGCAUCCAUCAAUCAUCCAGAAAAUACAUGGGCAGUCUUAUCUUAUAUCAAGGCUUCCCCCCAACUUAAGUAGCCGAAACUGUGGGAUAAGCAACAAUAAUUUGAUUUACACCAAUGGAGGAUCAAAGAAUCCUGUGUACCCAGUAUUCCAGGGGACCGCCCUGGGACUUUUGUCACCCCUUUCUCCCUUUACCGUCGCAGCUCCUACAGAAAAAGCUACAACUGGGUUUGCGAUGGAUUUUCUCAUGGGAGGUGUUUCUGCAGCUGUUUCGAAGACAGCUGCUGCUCCAAUUGAGCGUGUUAAACUCUUGAUCCAAAAUCAAGAUGAAAUGAUUAAGGCGGGUCGGCUCUCUGAACCAUACAAGGGUAUCACUGAUUGUUUUGCCAGGACUGUCAAGGAUGAAGGCAUCCUCUCUCUUUGGAGAGGUAACACUGCAAAUGUCAUCAGAUACUUCCCUACACAGGCGCUCAACUUUGCAUUCAAGGACUACUUCAAAAGGCUAUUCAACUUCAAGAAGGACAGAGAUGGCUAUUGGAAGUGGUUUGCUGGCAACUUGGCAUCCGGUGGAGCUGCUGGUGCCUCGUCUCUUCUAUUUGUGUAUUCCCUGGAUUACGCACGAACUCGUCUAGCUAAUGAUGCCAAGCAUGCUAAGAAGGGCGGAGAGAGGCAGUUUAAUGGCUUGAUCGAUGUUUACAAGAAGACAAUUAAAUCUGAUGGCGUUGCCGGUCUUUACCGUGGAUUCAACAUAUCAUGUGUUGGCAUCAUCGUUUACCGUGGGCUCUACUUUGGGAUGUACGAUUCUUUGAAGCCUGUGGUUCUUGUUGAUGGUCUGCAGGAUAGUUUCCUGGCUAGUUUCUUGCUGGGAUGGGGAAUCACGAUUGGUGCUGGGCUGGCUUCUUACCCGAUCGAUACAGUUCGACGGAGGAUGAUGAUGACGUCGGGAGAAGCUGUCAAGUACAAGAGCUCCUUCCAUGCAUUCAAUCAGAUCAUCAAGAAUGAAGGUGCCAAGUCUCUCUUCAAGGGUGCCGGCGCUAACAUCCUCCGUGCAGUUGCUGGUGCUGGUGUGCUCGCGGGUUAUGACAAGCUGCAGCUCCUCCUGUUCGGAAAGAAAUAUGGGUCUGGCGGCGGCUAAUGACAUCCGCAGGGGAAAGAUGAUGAUGAAAGCUCAUGUAGGGGUUUCGGCUUAAGGAGUCUGAAUAAUUUAGAGAUCGAUAUAUGUGCUUUUUUUCUUUUCCCGUAAUGAAGACAGGUCUGGUGUUAAAAGAGCUGCAACUUGAAAAGGUUGAGUCGGGAUUUGGUCUGGUCUUUACCCACGCUUCGGGUUGUUUGAUUAUGUAUAGGUUUCGGGUUCACGAUCCAGUGGCUGAACUUAGAACUGUGCCUCUUGGGAGUUUGCUACAUUUGAGUGAGAUCGUUUUUCCUAAUA